UGUUUUCCUUCACACAGUUGCCAGUACUAUCUAAGGAACUGCUCGCUUCAAGUAGCAGACACGAUAUGAUAUUCCAAUAGCUGCAACACUUAUGCUGUUCAUGCAAGCGUAACUACAUCUUCAAAUGACUUCCGUCAUUCGGCUCAAACGGAACUCGUUGCCUCAUGUUGUCGCUGUGCACGGAUUGCCAGCAACGCAGCUGAUGCUCUAAGAUGCGGCGUUAUGAUUGGUCACAAAGAAGAAGUGUCCGAUGAUUCGAUAACGUGGGUCUGAAAUCUUUUCCCGUAUCACGCUCGCUUCUUAAUUGCAGCCGGGUCAUAAGAUUCCCUCCAACUUAUCAUCUCUCUUCAUUGUUCACCCAACUUGCGAUCAUAUCGCCCACCAAAUGCUGAAGGACCUGGCGAAUUGAAAAAGACACGCCCACUCAGUGGCCCAAGCUAAUCCACGCAACAUUGAACAUACAUCAUCUACUAUGGUUUUACUUCACACACAGCAGACGAUCAAGUACUUUCGAGUUGCACCGGCUGCUGUUUGGGCAUUCGAUUACUGUUUGACAUUCGAACAUGAAGUUCGUCUGUUUAGCACCAUGGGCCGUUUGAACAUCGCGUCUGUCAUGUUUGUCAUAACAAGAUAUGUUCCCAUAGUAUGGAUUAUCAGUGAAAUAUACGUCACUGUAGGGCCACAAUCAGUGGAAGCGUGCAUGACAACAUAUCGGACGGCUGGCGGUUCCCUGGUUCUUAUCAUGUUAUCUACCGAAGGUCUGCUUCUCAUGCGUACACUUGCCUUGUGGCAUAAUAACGAGAAAAUCAAACGAUUUCUGUUGGCAAGCUACUUGGUUGUUGCUACCUCAAUGCUCACUUGUGACAUCCUGGCGGUGUCUCCGAAACUCGAAAGUGUAUGUGCACCCACAGCAAGUAAGAGCUCCGUAGAGGAGGCUACGAGAGUGGAACACCUGAUUAUGGGCAUGUUCGUUAGCGCGGCGUUGUUUGAACUCACGGUAGUUUUUGCCACAAUGUAUCACUCUUUAACAUCUCGCUCUGUUGGCAUACGUACCGUCAAUGGAUUGGUGUCCAACUUGUGGAAGGGAAGUUUGCUAUAUGCAUUAUCGCUUCUUACGAUCUCUAUUGCGAACGCUGUUUCUUUUUCUUUACCGGUCUCAAGCGGGCAGAACGGUAUCAUUGAUGUGUUUCAAGGUGUCCUGCAUGGCGUUAUGGCUUCACGUAUUCUUUUUGAUUUGCGCAAUGCAGACCGGCGUGAAGAAGAUAGUUAUCGACUCGCCUCAUAUGUGCCCCCUUCUAAUUUACAGUUUGCAUCGUACAACAUACCCAUGACUCCCUUACUAUGACGAAAACAAUAUAUGAAUUACAUGUCCCCAUGA